GAAGCCCACAACAAAAUUGCGAACCAAAUGUGAAGAACAAGAACGAAGUGAUUGGAAUCUCAGCCAUCUAUGGUUGCCAUCGGAGUUGUCAAGCAAUUAAUCAAAGAAACUGGCUUUAUAGAUGCUUCAAAUUUGUGGAGGCUGUCUUUCCUGGAUCGGAGGUGAUAGCAUCGACGGAUGAACGAGAUGCGGUUGAGAGUUUGUAUUAAGGCAGGAUCAUGAAGUCUUGGUCGACCAUUCCGACGGUGGUGGAGUUGGUAUUCACCCAUAUCGUAAGAGCUCGUCCUCCCCCGGAACCACCUCCAUACCAGGAAGAGUUUUGCAGAAAGAUUUUAUUUCAUUAUGAUUUUCUCUUUAGUAUCACUUGUUUCUGUUGUAGUCCGAGUAGAUUUGGUUUGAACGUUUGGAUUGUUGGAGUUCUUUUGAUAGACAGGGUUUCGAUUCCGGUCAUUUUAGGCCUAAAUUUGCCCGUUUCAGGUUUAGCGAGUCAUGUUGCUUUGUAUGAGGUGACUAUUUGUAAGUCUACUCGUAGGGUUCACGAUUGGAUUUGUAAAUUUUGUCUGGACGUUCUCUUGUAUGUGUUUUAGAUUUUAAUAUAACGGCCG